AUGACCAACAGAUUAGGAAUUAAAAAAGAAGAAAGAGACAUAGAGUCUGAGGAAAUGUUGAAUAAUUGCCAGCAAUUACCUUGUUCUGCUCUUGAGUUUUUGACAGGAGAAUAUGAGCUCGAGGAGGAGGUUAUAGUUGAAUAUAGAAAUGUUGUUUCUCUGUUGUCUAAGGAGCAGCUUGUUGAUAUUUUGAGUAAAUCCGCAUAUCUUUAUAAUAUUAUUGGUAAUGCUUGUAAAUUAAUUGUUGAGAGGAGUCCUGUAAGCAGAAGAGUAAUGGUUAGAAACAUUUCCUUUCAGACUUCAGAUAAGGUAUUUUUGAAUUUGUUUGAAAAAUUUGGUGAGAUUGAGGACUCCACCAUAAUUCGAGAAAAAAAUGGGAGAUCUAGAGGCUAUGGAUUUGUGACUUACAAAAGUAGUGAUUCAAUUAAGAAGUUGUUUAAUGAAAAUCUAAUACUUAAUGGGAGACAACUAUUGGUUAAAUUAGCAGCUGAUCCCUUUUCUGAGUUUACAUGUGGGCCUAUUGAUUGUACCAAACAGGUAAUGGAAUCUAAUCAGCGCCUCACGUCCACUAUUUUCAAGAAAAAGCUUUUUAUUAGGAAUUUAUCUGAAUCUACGACAAAUGAAAGCUUGAGACAGGCAUUUUCUGAAUUUGAAGAUAUCGAGGAAUGCUUUGUUAUGCGUGACCACAAUACCGGCAAAUCUAGAAAGUAUGGUUUCAUUACUUUUAACAAUUUGGGAGAUAUGAUGAAAGUUCUUCAACAUCCAGAAAGGAUCGUGGAUGGUAAAGUUACAUUUGUCUCUCUUGCUUUCAAACAAAAAGAUACAUCAAAUGUUAAUAAGAAAUCAGAGACUUCUGCUGCAGAGAUUCCAGGCUCAUAUCCUUUAUCAUUUCCCGUGCAAUCAGGAUACUUUUAUGAUUACUAUAAUGCAUUGCCUCACAUGCAGCUUGACUUACAGAAUAAAAAUUUAACUUCUGAAAAUGUAAGGAGUCAACAUCAAAUGGAGGUUUAUCCUUAUGUUAAUCAAUGUUACUACACCUCAAAUCCGUGUUUCACACCUUAUUUCAUACCUUAUGCUCCGUAUGGUGUUUAUUCUAAUCUUUAUGCUUUGCAUGGCAAUAAUGAACAUAAUUCAAAAGAAGAAAAGGAUAAAAAGUAA